AUGAAUCCUCUCCGCCUUGCAGCGCGACAUCUCAGACCACAUAUCACUCGACGACCAAUCACCAUGGCCAAAGGUACAGGUGACAUCCAAGUCAACACCAUCCCAGGCUUGAGCCUACAGGACCUCGCCUCAUUUCCAGCCUACAAGACCUGGUUAACUACACUCCAACAUUCUCUCUCGCGACAAGAAAACCCCUCACACGAAUUCCACCAUGACCCAUAUGUGCUUCGCAAAAUCGACAUCCAAGCAGUGGACCGAUUUGGGGGUGCGCGGCUCGGUUUCGUCAAGCUAAAAGCCGAAGUGUCGAAUGGCCGGGGCGAGACCCUCCCUGGAAGUAUUUUCCUGCGCGGAGGCAGUGUUGGCAUGUUGCUCGUCCUGCAACCGGAUGAUAUUGCCAAUCCGACAGAUAAUGAUAAGCGCGCUAUCCUGACUAUCCAGCCCCGCAUCCCCGCGGGCUCGUUGGCUUUCCCCGAAAUCCCCGCGGGCAUGCUGGAUGAUAGUGGGACUUUCGCGGGUGGUGCGGCCAAGGAAAUCCAAGAGGAGACUGGUUUAUUGGUUGAGCAGGCAGAUUUGAUCGAUAUGACUGCUUUGGCUGCCCGGGCGAAUGAAGGUCCAAGUGACGGGGAGUGUCUUCAGAACGCGGUUUAUCCCUCAGCUGGUGGGAGUGAUGAGUUCAUUCCAUUGUUCUUGUGUCAGAAGACCAUGCCACGGAAGGAGAUUGACGAACUACAAGGGAAAUUAACUGGUCUUCGUGAUGAGGGGGAGAAAAUUACGCUAAAGAUCGUUCCUUUGGGAGAUUUAUGGAAGACCGGGCUUAGAGAUGGGAAGACUCUAGCUGCGUGGGGACUGUAUCAAGGGUUGAAGAAAGAGGGUCUCAUCUGA